UUUGUUACAUCUUAUUUAUGCGACAAACUGGUGUUGGGACCCCCUAUUGAGAGAAAGUUCGCAAUGAGUUCCAAGUCUCGACGUCGGGCUCGCUCCAAGUCCAGAAGUCGGAGCCGAGAUCGGCCGAAUAAGUCUAGAGGAAACAAGUCUAGAUCCCCAGAUGAGAGGAGAGACCACAGUCGGUCUGCCGACGGGAAAACGGCCGCUCGUGGUAGGGGAAGAUCCUGCAGUCAGGACUCCAGCGAUGGCUCUACGGCCCGACGUCGGCCUCAGCACAGGGGCCGCUCUGGUUCCAGCAGCGGCUCGGAGAGCGACCGGAGGCGAGAGACUCAGAGUCAGAGGAACAGGUCGAAGGGUCGGUCAUCAAGUCCUGAUUCAGAUAAUACAAAAAUGAGGAGGAGAAAGGAACAGGAGAGUCAUAGAACAACAUCCCGAGAGAGGAGAAAGGGAAGAUCCCAGUCCAGUUCUGACUCCCAUGAUGGAAGCGGCGACAGAGAAAGGAGAAGAAGAAGGAGUCCUGAGAGAGGGAGUCCACUGAGAGACAGACAGAGGAGGGAGUGGGACAGAGAGAAAGAGAGGUACAAGAACAGCGGCAGAGACAGCGACAAAAGUCGAGAGCGAAGGAAGAAAAGUGAAGACAGGGAGCGCGGGAGGAGUAACAGAAGCCAAGAGAAGUCUGACCGGGGCAGAGGCAAGCAGCGCUUCAGUUCGAGUGAGUCAUCUGAGAGCUCAGAGUCUGAUUGCGAGAGAGGCGCACUCAAGGAAAAGGAGGAGAGGAACAAACAGAAGGAGAUGAUGAAAGCUCUUGAGACACCAGAGGAGAAGAGGGCCAGAAGGUUGGCAAAGAAGGAAGCAAAGGAGAAGAAAAGGAGAGAGAAGAUGGGCUGGAGUGAGGAGUACCUGGGAUACACCAAUGCAGACAAUCCUUUUGGGGACAACAACUUAUUGGGGACAUUUAAAUGGCAAAAGGCGUUGGAUAAGAAAGGUAUCGGUCAUCUCGGAGAGAAAGAGCUCAAAGAAAGGAACAAGUGUAUUCAGGAGGAGAACCGUAGAGAGCUGCAGAAGGUGAAGCAGCUGCGUCUGGAGCGGGAGCGAGAGAAGGCCAUGAGAGAGCAGGAGCUGGAAAUGCUGCAGAGAGAGAAAGAGGCAGAAUAUUUCAAGACCUGGGCUGAACAGGAAGAUAACUUCCAUCUGCAUCAGGCCAAACUAAGGUCUAAGAUUAGAAUCCGUGACGGCCGCGCGAAGCCGAUCGACCUUUUGGCGAAGUACAUCAGUGCAGAAGAUGAUGAUUUGGCAGUGGAAAUGCACGAACCAUACACGUUCCUCAAUGGGCUCACGGUCACUGACAUGGACGACUUGCUAGAGGACAUAAAGGUGUACAUGGAGUUGGAACAGGGCAAGAACGUGGACUUCUGGAGAGACAUGACUACCAUCACUGAGGAUGAGAUCAGCAAACUGAGAAAACUGGAGGCCUCUGGAAAAGGGCCUGGUGAUCGUCGUGAGGGCAUCAAUACAGCUGUGAGCACAGAUGUUCAGUCUGUGUUCAAAGGAAAGACAUACAGUCAGCUGCAAGCACUGCACCAAAACAUUGAGGCAAAGAUUCGGGCUGGAGGAUCCAAUCUUGAUAUCGGUUAUUGGGAGAGUUUGUUGCAGCAGGUCAAAGUCUACAUGGCCAGAGCAAGGCUGAGAGAACGACACCAGGAGGUGUUGCGUCAGAAGUUGUUCAAACUGAAACAGGAACAGGGAGUAGAGAGUGAACCUUUGUUUCCCAUCAUCAAAGAGGAGCCUAGGAGUGAGGAAGAUGAUGAGAGAGGAGGGCAAACUAGAGAGAAAAAGAGAAACACUGAAACAGAGCCAGAGGAGGGUCCGUCCACAUCUACAGCAGGAAACCAAGAUGAGGAAGGUGGCGAAAAGGGUGACAAGAAGGAUGGAGAGGAAAAGGAUGAGGUUGUGGAGGCUGUUCUGACGGAGGAGGACCUGAUCCAGCAGAGCCAAGCGGAGUAUGACUCGGGUCGCUACAGCCCCACGUUGCUCAUGCAGUCUGAGCUGCCGCUGGACACCCACACGAUCACCCCAGAGGAAGACGCACACCGGCUGCAGUUAGCACGCAGACAGCUCCAAGUCACAGGUGACGCCAGCGAAAGUGCAGAGGACGCCUUUGUGCGACGGGCCAAGGAAGGCAUGGGCAACGAUGAGGCCCAGUUCAGCGUUGAGUUUCCGGUCACUGGGAAAAUGUACCUGUGGGCAGACAAAUACCGCCCCAGGAAACCACGCUUCUUCAACAGGGUCCACACAGGCUUUGAGUGGAACAAGUACAACCAGACACAUUACGACUUCGACAACCCUCCCCCUAAGAUAGUCCAAGGUUACAAGUUCAACAUCUUCUAUCCAGAUUUGAUUGACAAGCGAUCCACGCCGCAGUACUUCCUCGAGCCCAGUCCCGACAACAAGGACUUUGGGAUUUUAAGGUUCCACGCGGGCCCGCCUUAUGAGGACAUUGCUUUUAAGAUCGUAAACAGGGAGUGGGAGUACUCGCACCGACACGGCUUUCGCUGUCAGUUCGCCAAUGGGAUCUUCCAGCUUUGGUUCCACUUCAAGAGGUAUCGCUACAGGAGAUAAAUGCCACAGAUCAGUACGGA